AUGGGUCGUGAUUCGCACCAUCGUAGGAAACGUAAAACUGCGAAAGAUGACGAUUCAUCGGAUGAAAGCAGGCAACGUUCGUUAUCCCGAACUCCAGAAAGAAAAUCAAGACGUGUUGAUAAAGGAAAACAUAAGGAUAAAUCACCGAGCACUCCUUCAUCUAAUAAGAAUGAGGAAAGUAUGUCAGUUGAAGAAACCAACAGAUUACGUGCAUCGCUCGGUUUAGCUCCACUUGAAAUGGAUGAUGGACCGAAAGAACGGGAAGUGGAAGGAAGCGAGGGUAUAGAGAAAAUUUAUAAAGAAGAUGGAAUGGAAUUCGUGCAUAAAAAAGCCGAACAUCUAGGAGAAAAAAAGAGGGCUGAAGAAAUGCGGGAGAAAUUACUGGUAGCUCGUGAUAAACGGAAGCUGUAUGAAAAAGUAUUGAAAGCGAAGCCUCUGGCAGAUUCUGAUUCCGAGGAUGAUGCGGCCUCUUGGGUUGCAAAGAAUCGUGAACUGGAAGAAGAGCGAAAGAGAGCAGAAGAAAGGGCUAAAAUUCUGGAUGAUAUGGACGCGGAUUUUGGUGUUAACGCAUUGAUAAACGAGGAAAAUAAAGUGAGACAAAUCAGGAAAACCAAAAAACGAGGACAGAAAUCAGAUCUCGCAGGCUUAAUGGUGGGCCAUGCUAAGAAGGACUUUCUGGAGAACAGCGAAACUGUUUUAGUCCUUGAAGACAAAGGUGUUCUGGAUGAAGGUGAAGAAGUGCUUGUAAAUCCGAAUCUGGCUGAAAAUCGCAGGUAUCAGAAGAAUGCUGAAUUCAAGAGAAAGAAGAAUCGUUAUGAGCCUUACGAAGAGGAAUUUGAUGAAUACGGAAUGCCCAAAGAAAAACGACUUCUAUCAAAAUAUGAUGAAUUGGAAGACGAAGCAGAAAAGACUUUCCGUCUGGAUGAGAGUGGCGAAGUUGAUAUCGACAAGGAACAAGAGGAAAUGAAAAUGCGUCGGAAGCUUUUAAUGGCAAACAAAAAACUAGAAUCGUUGGAAACGUCAAAGUACACAGUGGCCAGCGAAUUUUAUACAGAGGAAGAAAUGCUUUCAUUUCGUCGACCAAAGUCAAAAAAGGACAAAAAGUUGCGUAAAAGAAAGGGAAAGAUAUUGAAAGCUGAUGAUCUCAUUCCGGAUGAGUCUGCAUUAGCUGAUGAUACUGAAAGAGCGGCUAAGAUAAUAAAUCGACAGCGCACCGCAGAAGCAUUUGGAAUUAAAGAGGAGGAAGAAAUCGUAAAGGACAAAUCGAAUCUGGAAGAUGGAGAACUUGCAGAUGAUGACGAGAAAAAGAGCAACUGGAAAACUGCAGAAACGAGUGCUUUUGUAGACGUACAGAACUUGAAUAAAUUGGCCAGGCAAGUGGAGGAAGACGAAGAAGAUGAUGAUGAUGAUCUGGUUGGUGGUGUAGAUUUAUCCAAUGUUGUUAUUGAGGAUGAUGCUGAGGAAGAGCUAUCAAUGAUAUUGGAUCGUGCUCGUAAGCUUAAGCAGCACGAAAUUAAAAAGGAAAAUCCGGAAAGUGAUGCUGCAUUGAAGGUGCAUGAAUUGAUCAAAAUACAUUCGGUGAAGGAAGAACCCAUGGAUUUAGAAGAAGGAAUUGAUAAAGGCGGUGUUGUUAUUGAUUCUACAAUGGAAUAUUGCCGUAAUUUAGGGGAGAUUCCUACAUACGGCCUGGCCGGUAACCGGCAGGAUGCUGUGGAUGUUAGAGAACUGAACGAACCGGAGACUGUAAAAACAGAAGUAGAUGAAGAACCAAAAGCUGACCGGUCACCAGCUGAGCAAUACCAUAAUCAUAGAAGAUCGGAGCAGGAAAUAAAAGGUAAAUGGACAGAGGCAACUGCAUCAACAUCUGCUUACGAUGACAGAAUAAUGAAGAAAGUUAAUAGAGAAAGCGAUGAUAGUGAUGAAGAAGUGUACAAUGUACUGGGUGAAGAACGUGAUGUAACAAAGGGUGUUGCUGCGAUGUUGAAGUCUGCUGCCGAAAAGGGUUAUCUUGAUGCUGGUAAAGAACGUAAGGUGAAAGGUCCUUCGUUGAAACAUUUGGAAAGCAAACGUUUCUCACAAAUUGAAACUAGUCGAUAGCAUAAAAAUUUACUUUGCAGUGAUAUUGAAGAGAAAUAUACGAAGAAACUAGAGCGGAUGGGAACAACUGGCACGGGUCCUGUGCGACCAUUCCCAGAAAAAGUGGAUUACAAACCGGAUAUACGGAUAACAUAUGUUGAUGAACGUGGAAAGGAAAUGGAAUCAAAAGAUGCAUUUCGUGUUCUUAGUUGGAAGUUCCAUGGAAAAGGUCCAGGAAAGAAGCAAAUUGAGAAAAGACAAGCAAAACAGGAGAAGAAGGAGCUCAUGAAGAAAAUGAAUUCUAUGGAUACACCAUUGGGAACACUUAAUAAACAAUUAAAGAAACAAGAAGCGAUGCAAACUCCAUAUAUUAUUCUGAGUGGUUCUGGAAGAGAUACAGGGGCACCUUUGAAGAAGGAAUAA